AUGAGCAGAACUAAUGAUUUCUAAACUAAAGUUGAAAAGAUUAUUGAAAAUGUAUUUAAAACUAUUUUAUUAUAUACAUAGUAUCUUUAGAAGCAUAAAAUAUAUAAUAUGAAAAAUUCACUUAAUCAUGUUGAUCCACCCAUUUCUGAAUUUGAUAUGCUCGAAAAAUAAAUGACUAGAAAUAAUAUGAUAGAUGAUUUAAUUCGAAAGAUUUAAGUGUUAGUAGAUAUUACAAAUGAUCAUAUUAAGAUUGAAGUAUUUUCAUUAAUAAAUCUACAUGUAGAUUGAGUAAAAGUUCAUUCGAUUUGAAUAAGAAAUUUCAAAUUUAAGAUCAAUAAUUAUGAUGCAAUAAGAUUAUAAUCCUCCUUAAUUAACAAUGACUCGUUCUGAAAAUAACUCAUUUAUUGAAAUGAGUGAUUCAUUUCUAAAUGAUGAAAAUGCUACUUCUUUUAAAAAAAAAUUGAAAGAAAUUUAAGAAUAGUUUACAAAGAAAACAUAAUAAUUAGAUAAUAUGCUUACUUUAGUUAUAGAUUAAUAGUAAAAAUGUUUAUCAAUAUUAGAUUGUAAUUAAAAUAAUAAAUAAUUCAAAGUCCAUCAACAAUAUAAUCAAAUGAAUAUUAAAUGGAUCUUAAUUAAUAAGCAGAUAAAAUAUUGGAUAUAAUUUAACCAAGUAAUAAUAAUCAUAUAUAUUAGAAAUAUAAUUUUUGAAUAAAGAACAUUUUGAAGAAAAAUAUUAAUAAUUUAAAAAAGUUAUGGAAGAAAUGAAGAAGAAUGCUAAAGAGAAAUAGUCUCUUUUAAUGACAAUUGUUGAUGAAUGUAAGAGAGAUUGUGAAAAAAUUGAAAAAAAAUUUAAUGAACAUAUUACUUUAGUGAAUGCAGAAAAGAAGAAAUCUUGGAUUCCUUUCAAAUGA